AUGGACAGGCUGGAGUUUAUUCAGUGUCAGAUGCAAAUCCUCAGUGAAGAUGUCAGGAAACGGAUAAUGCACAUCACAGAGGUGGUAAAUGCACAGGUUUCCAAUGCCAUGACUGAUGAGAUCUGCCAUCUUUCCCUCCUGGUGGACAAGUUUGAUGGGGACUUUCACCCAUUAGCACAGUUCCUGAAACAUUAUAAAAAUGAGCUGAAUUCACACAUAGAGAAGGGGAUGGGAAGAAAGCUGGCUGAUCGCUGUUCUGCCGCAGUGAAUACAUCUAUACAGAAAGCACAAGAGGACAUCAUAGAAAGCUUAAAACCAUUGCUGCCAUCUGCUGUUCAAAAGGAAUAUGGCACAGCCCUGCCAUGCAAGAAAUUUGACCUCAGCUACAAUCUGAAUUGUGAGAAGCUGUGCAGUGAUUUCCAGGAAGACAUUGAGUUUCGCUUUUCAUUUGGUUGGACGUCACUUGUUAAUCGGUAUUUGGGUGCCCAAAAUGCUCGCCUCCUAUUAGGUUUUGCAGAACCAGUUUUUCAGGUUCCCCGGCCUGUCUGCACACCAACCACAAGUGCUAACCCAGGGCAGACUCCAGAUUCCAAAUCACAAGAUGAGAUCAUGGUUACAGUAAUGUCUGGAUUGGCAUCCUUGACCUCAAGAGGUUCUAUGGGAGUGAUUAUUGUCGGAGGAAUGAUCUGGAGAACCGUAGGCUGGAAGCUGAUUGCAUGCUCUUUGCUGGCAUAUGGAAGUUUGUACGUGUAUGAGAGGCUAACAUGGACCACAAGAGCCAAGGAGAGGGCUUUCAAGAAACAGUUUGUAAACUAUGCGGCAGACAAACUGCAGAUGAUUGUUAGCAUCACCAGUGCAAACUGCAGUCACCAAGUGCAAAAGGAGCUGGACAACAUUUUUACCCGACUUUGCCAGCAGGUUGAUAUCACUCAAAGAGAUCUAAUGGAGUCCAUCAACAAACGGUCAGAGGAAAUAAAACAGCUAGAGAAAGUUCAAAACCAAGCCAAACUUUUCAGAAACAAAGCGGUUCAUCUUGAAAAUGAGCUGGAUCAUUUCACAAAGAUGUUCCUUAACCAGGACAAGUGA